GUGUGCGUACUGCCGUGUUCUAGAAAUACGACGGAAUAACCUUUUUUGGCGCGUAAUUUUACAAUGAGGACCUAUAAGAAAAAAACGGAAAGAGGCAAUACCUCGAAAGAGGACAUGGAACAAGCCGUGAAUCGUGUUUUAAAUAACAAUGAAUCGCAAAGAUCUGUAGCUAAAAGUUUAAACAUAUGUCAUGUAACGCUUCACAGAUAUGUAAGAAAAGUUCAGAAUUCUGGUCAUAACGAAGGCCCCGUUAGUCUAUCAAAUGUUGGUUACUCUAGAAAACCUGUUUUUGAUGAAAAUCAAGCACAAAAACUUGUGGAUUACAUUAAACAUGCAUCGAAAAUUUAUUUUGGCCUUAGUCCAAAAGAAGUGCGAAAGUUUGCAUAUGAGUGCGCUCUUACAUAUAAUGUCACAGUUCCUGAUUCCUGGAAUAAAAACAAAUGCGCCGGAGAGGACUGGCUUACACAAUUUUUAAAGAAGCACGAAGAUCUCUCAAUUCGGACACCCGAGGCGACUAGCUUACAAAGAGCCAUAAGUUUUAAUAAACAGAACGUGUCAUCAUUUUUUGACAAACUGGCAAGCGUAAGAGACAAAUAUAACUUUAAUUCAGCAACUAUCUGGAAUUUGGACGAGACUGGAGUGACGACGGUCCAAAAAGUUAGCAAGGUUCUGGCGGAAAAGGGAACUAAGCAAGUUGGUGGUAUCACAUCAAGCGAGAGAGGUGUACUCGUCACUGUGUUGGUUGCUGUUAGUUCCUCAGGAAACUCUAUUCCUCCGCAAUUUAUAUUUCCCAGAAAAAAGUACCAUGACUAUUUUAUACGAGAUAGGCCUCCUGGAAGCAUUGGUGCUGCAAAUGGGUCAGGGUGGAUGACAUCUGACGAAUUUUUUAAAUUUAUGGAACAUUUUGUGUUUCACGUGCGUCCAUCUCGAGAAAAUCCGGUACUUCUGCUACUCGAUAAUCACGAGUCCCACUUAGCAAUAAAAACUAUUAAUUUUGCUAAGGAAAAUAACGUGAUAAUGCUGUCGUUCCCACCGCAUUGCUCACACCGGCUUCAGCCAUUAGAUAGGAGUGUGUAUGGUCCCUUUAAGAAAUAUUUGUCAAAUUCUCAAGCUGCCUGGCUCAGGAAUAACCCAGGUAAAUCAAUGACCAUAUACGACAUACCAUCUUUAGUUCGAGAUGCUCUUCCACAAGCAUUGACUCCUAUAAACAUAAUGAAAGGGUUUAAAGUGUCAGGUAUUGAACCGUACAACAGAGACAUUUUUACUGAUGACGAGUUUUUGCCUGCUGGCGUAACGGAUCAACCAUUGCCGAACGCUGAAUCGUCAGCUACCUCGCCUGUGCUUCAAUUAUCUGGUUCCUCAAAUGCUAAUAGUCAAGACAUGUCCCAGCCAUCUACUUCUUCUGCUCAUUGUGAACAAGUGAUCCCAGAAAAUGACUCGUUGAGCCCUAAAAAUAAACAAGAACAUACAAUUCAAGUGCCAAAAGAAUUUUCUCCAGAAUUUGUGCGCCCGUUUCCGAAAGCUGAACAAAGGAAAACAUCUACAAGGGGUCGGAAGAAAAGAAAGUCUGCUGUCUUAACCGAUACUCCAGAGAAAGACGAAUUGGAGGCAGAACAAAACAGCCGGAAGUCGAAGAAAACCAAAGAGAUACAAAAGAAAAAGGUUGAAAAGGCAAAAAGAAAAGUUAUGGUAGAAUCUGAUGGUAGUUCUGAUGAAGAAUGCUUUUGCUUGGUUUGCACUGAGCCAUUUAGCAGAAGUAAGCCUAAAGAAAAAUGGAUUAAGUGUUUCCAUUGUGAAUUUUGGUCACACGAAGCCUGCACUGAUGGGGGAUUUCCUUAUAUUUGUCAUAACUGCGAUUCCGAUGAAGACUAAUACAUAAAAUAUAUAAACAGUUAUAUCUCUAGUUUGUGAUUUUCAAUAAUAUAGUUACAUGUGUUUAGUUUUUGCUAAGAAACCGAAUGUUUAGUUAAUUUUACUAUAUGUUACAACUUACCCUGAGUGUUGUUACAACUUGCCCCUGAUACGGGGCAGGUUGUAACAAAUACAACAAGCAUUUCAAAAAAAAUCCUAGCUUAUACUUUUACGUUUUUUAGUAUCGUU